GUGCCAAUCACCAUGGAGUUUCCAGGACGUAGUCUGCGCGAGGUGCGGCUUGUGAGCGCAGGGUGAAGUUGUUGGCGGGUAGGGCAGUAAAUAACCAAGGAUACGUGUUUUACUGGAUUUAACGCGUUAGGAAUAAACUUUAUGGAUUGACCGUCUCUCAGCGUUGCGAUUUCUUUGUGGAACUCUGCAUACAGAAGAGGAACAGAAUAGCCGGAUUCACCUGGUGGCACAUACUUGUCUGUUAAGUCUUAAAUCGUGAUUUUUCUUAAGUCGCUGCCAACUUACUGUCACUUUAAAUCCAAGACCAAGGAAUGCUGAAGCUGACUGUCACCUAUGACAUCCACACUGAUGUAGUGCCUUGGAUUUUGAAGAGUGGUCUCACACCUGCAGAGUGUGACGAUGGCUCUGGUAGAGCUGUGGAUGUGAAGGCCCAAACUGUCAACAUUGAAAGUGAUGGCACAAUAAUUUAUACAUGGAAGGGAUGUAGAGGAAAUACUUGCAUUGGAGCAUAUGAUCCUCACACAAGGAAAAAUAAACUGCUGUAUUCAUUUGACGAAGAGGCCCAAGUAGUGAGUUGUUCAGUUAAUAUGAAAUGGACUUUGUUGGCUGUUAGCAUUCUUCAGUCAAGGAGAAAUGGAGACAUGCCUUUUAGAACAGCGCCUAGAUGUUUGACCCUCCUUAUUGAAAUUCAUCCAAUACAUGAUAUCAGAGUCUUGAAGGCUGUCGAUUGUAUUGUCAGUGUGCAGUUUCUCUACCCAGUUGGAAAAGCUACAUUAUUUCCAGAAAGCCAUUUACUACUAAUUUCUGAAGAUAGAUAUAUUGAUCAAAUUCACAUCAGUGUUGUCAUUCAAGAGGGCUACAGAGUGCUAAUAAAAAAUACUCGUCUUCCCACUGACAGAAUAAUUGAAGACGUGACUUGGGCACAAUGGGACAUGAAGGAACAGAGACUGUACUGUGCUGUCACAAAGGUUAACUGCUUCCUUUCAGUUUCAAAAUGUAUAUUUUACAGGUUUCUGUUUACAUCAGUGGGGGUUUGUAUGAAAGAAAUGCUUUGUGGUGGACACCAUUCAGUAACUGUGCUGCUUUAG